AUGGAUGCAGCUCCCAAACGUCAGAUGCUUAGAAAUGACCACCCACAGGAGCUAACGCGCAAGCACCUUCGUUCGGGGCAGGAACCUGAGCACCACACUCCCGAUGAUCACAUCCUAAGCAAGACCAUUCCUGACGACUCUACACAAGCUCUGCUAUGGGCCCGAAAUAAGCGCGAAUCGCCUUUUCUGCGCCUCCCUGCUGAAAUCCGGAUGGAGAUUUAUGAUCUUAUAUUUAGCGGGAACACCAUUAAAAUUUCCCGUCCUCGGUAUAAAGACGGAUUCAAAACCACAGUAUGGAAACUCUCCAAUGAUCCGUUCAAAACAAUCCGCAGUCCCAAAAAUCUCGUAAAGCAAAGGAUCACGCUUCUUAAUGGAGUGUGUCGGCAGCUAUACAAAGAAACUGCAGUGUUGCCGUACAAGAUGAAUGUCUGGGCGUUUGACGAUUCAACAAUUUUGAGAGAAUUUCUGGUUGGGAUGCCGGCGGAGCAGAGGAAGGUGAUUCUGAGGCAGAUUAGGGAGAGACAGGCAGCGGAUCGGCAGCACGGUGGAGAACUUCGAGUCACGUGUUAA